AUGGCUUUUCUUACCUGAUAUCAAAAUAUAAAAUUUAUUAACAUGCAAAUUUCUGUAAUAGUAGCUCAUGCUGAGAGUUUCUUUAAUAUAUAUGCAGAAUCAUCAGAAUCUAUAGAAGAUCUAAAAUUAAAAAUUCAAGAAAAAGAAGGAAUUCCUAUAGAUCAACAGAGAUUAUUUUCUGAUUAUGAUGAAUUAGAAGACUGCCAUUCAUUAGCUGACUAUAAUAUUCAAGAUAAAUCAUCACUUUAUUUGGCUUUAGGACCUCGAGAUGGCGGCGUAUUAAUGACAAUUAUAGUCGAGGAGAAAUAUAAUAACCAUGAGAUAUGCAUUAAUUCUCGUAGCACAACUUUAGAUCUAAAACUUCUACUCAAAGAUCUAUCAGGUAUAUCUAUCAGUUAUCAACUAUUACUCUUUGGAAAAAAUUAUCUUCGAAAUUUUUGUACACUUGAAAGUUAUGGAAUUUGUCCUGGAGCUAUUCUUCAUUUAACUGAAGGAAGACGAGUGUGCUAA